AUGGCUGACGAAUUCUUCCACAAGAUCGACCCAGACGGAGACGUACUACUCAUCCUCCGCAACCCCAACACGCCGUUUGCCGUAUGGGAUGAAGAAGAGGAAAUCGAAUGUCUUUCGCCAAAGCGGAUAGACGGGAAACAUGCGGUCCCAGACUAUCACAACUAUCCACCGCCAGCGGAUGACAUUUGGGACUCCCUAACCUCAGAAGAUGAAACGCCGGUGCCGGCGCCCUUGGACCCGCCAUCAGAGCCAAAAGAGGAGCCCGAAAUCAAGUAUCUCGUCUCGUCGCGACAUCUUACGCUGGCGUCAAACACAUUCGAAGCCGAGCUCAGAGGUCCUUGGAAGGAAGGCGCCAUGAAACACACCGACGGCUAUCAUCAUAUCGACGCGUCGGAAUGGAACUCUGAAGCACUUCUGAUAUUGAUGCGAGUCAUUCACGGGCAAUCGAGAAGCAUUCCCCGUCAAAUCAGUCUCGAGAUGCUGGCAAAGAUUGCUGUUCUUGUCGAUUAUUACGACUCUCUUGAGGUCACAGAAGUCUAUGCAUCCAUCUGGAUUGAUGGGCUCAACGAAAAGCUUCCCACCGACUACAGCCGAGACAUGGUCCUGUGGCUCCUCGUCUCAUACGUCUUUCAACAGGACGAUAUCUUCUCCCAGAUGACCAAGAUAGCGGUCACCCAAAGCACGGAGCCGGUGAUGACGCUAGAACUUCCGAUCCCGUCGAUCGUAACUGACCUGAUCGACCGGCAAAGACAAGAAGCGGUCGAGUUCAUCUUGAAUACUCUUCAGACUCUAUUGGAUGUUUUCCGUAAGGAAUCGUCUGUGUCAUAUUGCAGCUUUGAAUGUUCCAGCAUGCUCCUUGGGGCGUUGACCAAGGAAAUGGACAGACACAAGUUGUUGGAUCCAGCCCCGAAGGAGCCAUACACAGGAUACUCCAUUGUCGGUGUCGAGAAGAUGGUGAAAGAAUUCCGCAGCCCCUAUUGGAAUCACCGCAGAGAAUCCUGUGUUUCGAAUCAUUCAAAUCAUCUUUCAUGCAAUCUCAAGACCAACAUAUCGACGCGCUUAAACACCCGGCCCAAUGCGACCAAGGAAGGAUUCAAGCUCUCCGAGAUCCAGACACUGACAAAGAAGCAAAGUCUCAAGACCGAAAUAACGGAGGAUUAA